AUGGAGACCGAUGACGCCGCUCACACGGAGCAAAUAGUGGAGUCAAAUAACUUUGAUUGGCGACGAGAGCGUCUUGAGCUCUCGAGAAAGCUCCAAGAGCGCUACGAUGCCGGCCAGCCACUCUUUACCAAGAGCCAAUUAGCCAGUCUGGCAGAGCAAAUAGCCCAUAAGAGCCUUCUUGUCCAGAUCCAGGGCAUGGAUGGGAAAAUGAACUGGGAUCCUAUCGGAUGGGACCAGUUUGAGGAAGACGAAACACUCUCAAUCAGCUACAGACCCAUUCAGCGCCUGGUCAUCCCGUCGCCAUCGGACGAGCCAGACGAACUUCCAAAACCUUGUUGUUCUGUAGACGUGAAGCUCACCAUCUUGCCCUCCCAAAUGACUCCAGACCAAAUCGCCUUAGCCGUUGGCAAGAUAGGUGCGGCGUUCGAGAAACACGAGAAGACGUGGAAGAAGAGCCCGCAAUGUCGAAAGCUCAAAGACACCCUAUCCCUAGUCUUGACCUCCGAUGUAAUCAACAAAAUCAUCUGCUUCGGUCUAGGCGACUUGACCCCUGAUUCCGAUAAUAAUGAACACUAUUUAUGUAGCCAACACCACUCCGAGCCUCGAAGUCAUAUUCAGCACGCGGUCGCGUUAACUUUGGCACAAAUACUAGGCGACCGCACCGGCCGGGAAAUUCGAUGCUACUCGCAAGAUCCAGCGUACACCCAAGCCUCCAUCGAAUUUCUCAAGAGCCGCAACAUCGUGGUGCUUAAUGAUCCACAGGGAUUCCUCGACACCGACGAACACACGCUGGUCUUCAGCGUCGCUCCGACUGUACCCGUCAAGCAGAUCGUGACGGACCUGGCCAGGCCAGCCGUCAUCAUCUGGGACAACGAAACGUCCCCUGAAAUGGAUCAGAUGGACUGGGAACAUAUGAGGUUCCCCGACGGCAAUGAGACGUGGAUCAGCCCCUGGAUUUCCGAUCCUGACUCUACGCGUACAAGGAAGAUGGAACAGGAGGAGUACACAUCCUACCCCUUUCCCGAGGACGAGGUCGCCAUGUUCGAGAACCAGAUUCUUGUCAAAAAGCCAUCGAAAGGGAAUGAAGACGCGGCGUAG